CGAACACACAAUUCACACACACUAACAAAGUCGAAGAGUUCACAGAGAAGGCGAAAACUGCAUUUCGCGUGAUUGAAGCUCAUCAGAACUCUCAAACAAGCUUAUUGAGUAAUCCAAAUGACACUAUCAAGAAGCUUGGUCUUGCUGCAAGCGUGACGAUUUGGGGAUUUUCAACUCGAGUGAAAUGCAGUGGCACCAAAGGAAGAUGUAUCUCAAGUCGAAUUUGUCAUGGAAUGUUUUGAUUCCUGCUGAGAGCCUCGAUGCAGGAGGUCUGAUGCUUCAAAAAGCUAUAAUCACUCGCCUCAUGGCUGAUUUUGCAGCCAAGAAGGCUACCAAGGACCUCGGUUAUUUCCUUGCAUUGAGCACAGUGGGGAAGAUUGGAGAGGGGAAGGUCCGGAAGCAGUCAGGUGAUGUUAUCUUUCCUGUAGAUUUCAGCUGCAUAACCUUCAAGGUACUGCCGGGUGAAAUCUUGGAAGGCGUUGUCCACAAAAUCCUAAAGCCGGGUGUGUUCCUGAGGUGUGGACCAGUCGAGACCAUCUUUCUCUCCCACCAGAAAAUGGAUGACUACCAAUUUGUGCCAGGGGAAAACCCCUACUUCAUGAAUGGUAAGUCCUCAAAGAUCGAGAAGGGCGUGGUGCUGCGUUUCUUGGUGAUUGGAGAGAAGUUUAUCGAGAUUGAGAAAGAUUUUCGAGUUGUAGGCAGCCUCGAGGGAGACUACCUUGGGCCUGUUUCUUAGUAAGUCAAAUGCAGGAAACUUGGUAUGUUCUGACCUAAGACAUGUUAGUGUAUGCGAAGUUUGUGCAGUUUAGCAUUUGAUGAUAUGCUUAAGAUUUUUUUGAACCUUAACUAAUGACUAACUAGUCUUACAUAUGCAGUUUGGAACUCUGUUGAUGGGAAUAUGUAGUAUGGUCUCGUGUUUUA